GAUACAUCGGCAAGAUCCAGCGUUAAUUUGUAACGAUGAAGAGGGCUUAAGCCGCCACAGCUCGUCCUCUGACACAGCCCAGUACUAAACUCUAGGCAUAGAUAUUCCACGGCUGCAUGCACGUCUUCCUCGCUGAAUAUUGUCGCCUGCUUGUUCGCGCCCUGCAAAACUGUCCGCGCUCUUACGAGUCUUUCUUUAUUAGCCCAUUCCCAUUUAUUCGUCAUAAUCGUCUAUCAGCGCGUUCCUACACGCCUCGCAUCGUUCAGUCUCCAGGUCUGGCCUCCAGUCCCCACGAGAUUCCUACCAAUACAGUAACUCAGUAACACGUUUGGCUGCCUAAGACGCGACUAUGACUUCUUGGUUUGGCAGCAGUGCCAACUCCGAGCUCGAUGCUCAAAUUGAGCGGGCGACUGGCAGCUCUUUAGAAGACAUGGCCUUGAAUCUCGAGAUCAGCGACGUCAUCCGGAGCAAGACGGUCCAACCCAAGGAAGCGAUGCGCAGCCUGAAACGUCGUAUCAGCAACAAAAACCCAAACGUACAGCUUGCCACUCUCAACCUGACGGACACAUGUGUCAAGAAUGGCGGCGCCCAUUUCAUUGCAGAGAUCACGAGCAGGGAAUUUGUGGACAACAUAGUUAGCCUCCUACACUCGUCAGUCGGUACACCAUUGAAUGGUGAGGUGCAGGCGAAGAUGCUCGAGCUAGUUCAGGAUUGGUCUGCAGCUGCUCAAGCGCGAGAUAGCAUGAACUACCUGACAGAAACCUAUAACACACUUCAGCGAGAAGGAUACAGAUUUCCGCCCAAGCGCGAAGUCGCGAGCAGCAUGUUUGACUCGUCUGCGCCGCCAGAGUGGACGGAUAGUGAUGUAUGUAUGCGCUGUCGGGAGAAAUUCACCUUCACAAACCGCAAACAUCAUUGCAGGAAUUGCGGCAACGUCUUCUGUGGGGCAUGCUCGGGCAAGACACUACCUCUUCCACAUCUCGGGAUCAUGCAAGCUGUGCGGGUCGAUGACGGUUGUUAUGCAAGAUUGACGGAGAAAGCGCGCAGUACUCCCGGACCGCACAGUCCCAAUAGCAGCAAGCGGACACUCUGGCAGGGUUCCCUUGCAAAUGCUCCCGAUCGCAUGACGCCAAGGGAAGCGAGGGUAACGGACAACAGCUUUGAUGCGGAUUUGAGAAAGGCUUUGGAGAUGAGUUUGGAAGAUGCAAAACACGGUUCUGGAGCUGGCUACGUUCCUCAAGCGCAGACACACACCACAAAGCCAAGGGCGAGUAGCACCAGCAAGCCAGCUGCGAAGCGGGAAGCAGAGUCAGAAGAGGAUGCAGAUCUCAAAGCCGCUAUUGCUGCCAGCCUUCAGGACAUGGAGGAGCAGAAGAAGCGCCAUGCGAAAGAACUGAAGGAGAGAGCAUCCUCUUCCGUCACAGCUCCAAACCAGUUUAGACCUAAUAACCAAUUCGAGCUGACCCCGGUUGAGGCUGAAAACAUAAAUCUAUUCUCCACACUUGUCGAUCGACUUCAACAUCAGCCUCCAGGAACAAUCUUGAGGGAGCCGCAAAUUCAAGAGCUCUACGAGAGCAUCGGCACGUUAAGACCCAAGCUGGCGAGGACCUAUGGUGAGACGAUGAGCAAGCAUGAUACCCUGCUAGAUCUACAUUCCAAGCUCUCUACAGUCGUCCGUUACUAUGAUCGGAUGCUUGAGGAAAGAAUGGCUUCCGCUUAUAACCCCAAUCGAUAUGGUGCCGUUGGACAUAGAUCCAGCGCAUACCCGAACAUCCCGGCGGCCUCGCAGAUAGGACCAAGUGCAGGGAUGGAGAGCUACUACACCGGGACUGCUCCUCCGCAGGAGAGCUAUGCAGGACAGACUCCCCAGUCUAGUUACCAACAUUCACAGACAUCGGCGUAUGUUACUGCCCCACCAGAUGCUUCAUACUACCAACAACCUCAGUCCCAAUCAGCAUAUCCUCAUUUGCAGGCUCCAUCGCAGCAGCAGCCGCCGCAAUUCGCCCCCUAUCCUCAGCAUAACAUGCAGCCGAUACCUGAAUCAUCCUCGCAGCCAUUCGUCGCGCCACUACAACGACGUGCAUCAACGCAGCUGUAUUCUCAGACACCUGGACCACAUGCGCCGAGCCACCACUCUCAGGGGUCUAAUCCUUCGGAGACAGCAGGCUACCAAUAUCCCGAGCAGCAGCAGCAGCAACAAGUGCCACCAGCACCGACCCAAGCGUCUGUCCAACAACUUACACAAAGCCCAAACAUGUAUCACCAGCCACACCCUGCUCAGCAAGGAUAUGAGUACGCGCCCCAACAGCAAGCACAAUCAAUCUCAGCUUCCUCUGCAUCACUCCCUCCACAAGGCCUGCCCCACCAGCAGGAGCCGCAACAUGCUCAACAAUCAUAUACCGCCCCGUCUCAGCUACAGCAAGACCAGCAAUUCUAUGCUCCGCGUCAGCCACAACAUCAGCAGCAGCCGCUGCCACAGCAACAUCAGCCACAGCAGCAGCAACAGCAAUGGCCUCAAGCUCCCUCGUCUCAUGCCGGAUAUGGACAGGAGAGCUUCCCCGUGGCGCCUCAGCACGUACCUGCUCCGAAAGCGAUCGAGGAGAGUUUGAUUGAGCUGUAAAAAGUAGCUGGCUGAUGAGCGGUUCACCGCGAAGCAGACGUGCAGAACGUCGGGCGGCUUCAGCAUGUAUAAAUUACCAAAGGUAGCAUUAGUCAUUACAUAUUUAUCACCUGUCUACCACAUAGGGAGGAAAUUUUGGUGAAACUAAACCAUGCCGCUUUGCGGAACGUGGAGUAAUUG